GCAGUUGCUAACGGUGUUUACGGUUCACAAUUUGUUCACCAUUUGAAAGUGUUUACGUUAAGGGUGAAUUUUUCUUAACGAAAAUUGUAAUUUGUAGAUGCAGGUGAUGUCAGUAGAUUUAUCGGUAAUUAUACUCUGAUAGCAACGGUAUUCUAAAGAGGUUUCUCAAAAAGUAUUAUACCUACCAUUAGCUUAUCGUGAAUUGUAAACAUGUUUUCUUAGUUAUAAAUGCCCAAUUAUCUUACGCAAAAUGCCUUAUAUAAUUCGGAUCCUGAUAGUGGUGAUUGUGUCUUGUGUUACGAGGAUGAAACAGAAUUGAGAAUAUCCGCUCCUCCUGGUAGUGAUUAUGGAAAACCUCUCGGAUCUCAGUAAACCCACUUUUUCAGAUGGUAUUUCGCUUCGUAGCAUUUGAAAAAUGAAAAUAAUGGACUCCCCUCUCAAAUCAAAGGUAGCCCUCUUCAACAAAGUUGCAGAUAAACAUGUUCAGGAGCAGGCAGUAAAUCCAUUCUCAAAUGGAAAACAAUGCGGCAGUUUGCCGAGGCCGUCAAUUUCAAAAGAAGAAUACGGAAAACCACCAAAAGGAUCUCUAUCAGAAAUAAGAGCAUUUAAAGCAACAAUACACGUCAGCAGGGAAAUGUUGGAACUUUGCGAGGUCAUUGAUCAGUGUGGAGAGCGUCUAUUUACACAUGAAGAAAAACCAGACGACCCUAGAAUAGUCAUAAGUUUUGGGGAACUUUUUUCUAUUUAUACAGCCAUAUCAGACAAAGUCGUGGGACUACUCCUCAGAGCUCGAAAAUAUAACUUGGUAGAUUUUGAGGGCGAGUGUUUAUUUCAGAGGAAAGACGAUCACAUCCCAAUUAUUCUUUUAAAGCCCAUUGAAGAAAUCAGGAAAAUUCUACAAGAAAAAAUUGAUGAGGCAACUAAAGCAUUAGUGGAAAGGGACGAGAUUCAUUAACUUCAAUAAUCUCUUUAACUACUGAAUUUUUUUAUAUUCAAAUAUGGACCACAAACUUUUUAACAAUAUGUUUCCUAUAAUUAGAGUGACUAUGUUAAGUCAUAGCAAUCUAUCUGUUAGUUAUGUUAUUUAAGAAAAUUCCUUAUUAGAAUAUAUAAGCAAAUAAUAUUGGUAGCAUCUGAGUUCAGAACUAUGGUAGGUAUAACACUUAAAAUCUGGAAUAAAUUUCGAAACAUAAUUAUUCAUUCUUAGAAUUUCAAAAAAUAUAAAUGUAGAAACGAAUCAAUCUUUAUCAAUGUUCGUUUUCACAUCACUAUUACAAGUAUUUGAGUUACCAAUCUGCUUAUUCACCUUGGAGUCGUUCAUUGGAAUGAAUUAUUCUAUCACGAAGAUAAUUUCAAAGAAUUUUUAUUUUUCAAAACUGAAAUAAUCAUGUCAAUCUGAAUCGCGCCUCACUCCAAUGAUUUAUGACCACGGUAAAUAAACUCUUGAUCAGUUUAAUUUUUUGUCUCUGUCUAUGUAAAAACUAGUUAAUGAAUUAAAAAAAAAACAUUUUUCAAUGCUUUCAAUCUAUUCCAGUAUUGUUAUAAAAUUAUAGGUAUCUAAUAAAGAUUUUUAGACUA